AUUCGAAACACAUGACAAUGUUUAAGUAGCAGCGAUCAUUCAAUACGAACAGCAAACAUUAAGAAUUUUUUUAUUUCGUACUACAACAACAGUUAAACAACCUAGACGGUGACUGGACAGAGGACAACAGAUAAAAUGGAUGGUAAACAUAACAAAGCUUUCCAAGCGGACGACACUGGAAACCAAAUUGAACUAAAUAACGUGUACUAUGCAUCUAAGUAUGCUAGCGAUGACACCAAUAAAGCACAUAAACAAGAUUUGGAAUCAAUUGCAAUUGACUCAGGCUUAACCGACAAGAAAGACACAAACGAAGGUGAUAAUGACGGAAACUGUUGCACAAGAGGAAUCGCAACAAUACACACCUCAAUCACAGGAUUAAUGACUGAUAAUGUAAAGCUUAUUUCAAGAAUUGUUCUUGUGAUACUUCUUCUGUUGUACAGCGCAUAUCUUGGCUAUGCCAUCUACCUCAGUCCCUCUGGAGCCAUUGCUUUGAUUGUAAUCACUGUGUUUGUCCUUGUUUGUCUUGUGUAUGGCUAUAUCAGAGAUAGGCAUGGUGAUAGGAUAAACGAGGCAGUCUGUGUACCAUUGGGAAUAUACAUAGACAAGGCAUGGCCAUGUUUAAAAUGGCUCGUGUAUGUAUGCUUAAUAGUUGGUCUUAUUGUGUUCCUGGUGUUAAACUCGCUAGAUAAACCAGACAAACUCAUUUCUGCCGGGGGACUCGUUCUGUGGGUCAUGUUAUUAUUUAUAACAUCAAAAAGUCCCCAUAAAGUAAACUGGAGACCAGUGAUUUGGGGGCUAGCUCUUCAAUUCAUCUUUGGUCUUCUAGUGCUUCGUUGGUCCGUUGGAUAUACAGCCUUCCAGUUUAUCGGAAGUCAAGUGGAAACAUUCCUAGCAUAUACAGAUGAGGGUUCCAAAUUUGUUUUCGGAGAUCCUCAAUAUCUUCUCCAUGCCGUGGCAUUCAAGAUUCUCCCUGUUAUAGUGUACUUCAGUUCCGUCAUCUCCAUCUUGUACUACAUUGGUGUGAUGCAGAUCAUCAUCUCUAAGAUUGCAUGGUUGAUGCAGGUCACCAUGGGAACCACAGGGGUGGAAUCCCUGAGUGCUGCUGCAAACAUAUUUUUAGGCCAGGUUGAAUCCAGUGUAAUCCUGAGACCAUUCUUGAUGAAAUUGACGGAGUCGGAAUUGCACGCUGUAUUGACUGGAGGAUUCGCCACCAUUGCAGGAACAGUUGUCGCAGCUUUCAUCAAUUUCAAGGCCCCAGCAGAACACGUACUAUCGGCAGCGAUUAUGAGUGCCCCAGCAGCUCUUGCAAUUGCCAAACUUAACUUUCCAGAGACGGAGGAAUCUUGUCUUGUUACCCAAGAUGAUGUAAAGCUAGAGAAAGGGAGCGAGAGGAAUAUUCUCGAAGCCGCGAGUAAUGGAGCAGUAGCUGCCAUUAAACUUGUUGCAGGCGUUGUGGUGAAUCUGAUAGCCUUUAUAUCACUACUAGCAUUCUUGAAUGCAACAUUGUCUUACCUUGGUUCGAUAGUUGGUUACCCGGAAGUCAGCUUUGAGUGGAUAUGUUCUUAUGUGUUCAUGCCAGUUGCGUUCAUGAUGGGCAUACAAUGGGAGGAUGCAGGCAAGGUGGGGAGUCUUAUAGGAACAAAGAUCUUUCUGAAUGAAUUCGUAGCAUAUAGUAGACUUCAACCCCUGGUUGACGCUGGUGAAAUUUCGACCCGCUCUGUUGUUAUAGCGACGUACGCAUUGUGUGGGUUCGGAAGUGUUGCUGCCAUAGGGAUCAAUCUGGGUGCGCUGGGUGCCAUGGCUCCCCUGCGACGCUCAGAAAUGGCUUCAAAAAUGUUACGCGCAAUGAUAAGUGGAAAUAUUGCGUGUUUCAUGACAGCAUGUAUUGCAGGUCUCUUAUACGUAGACGGUGAGACAAUAGACAUAUUAAGGUCAGCCAAUGGAACAGCUAUACUCCAAUCAACAACAAUAUCAGCCUGACAUUAAAACUUAGUAUUCAGUUACAAAAAAUAUACUUGGUGAUGGUGAUUAAGGAUUCCUUGAUUGUA